UGUAGUUGUUUUUAUGUGUUUUAAAAUGUCAUAUUGUAUUUUACACUUAUUAAGAAAACUUUAUAUGAACGAUAUUUUUUUACAAUUUUGUAUUCUUCAACUUGGAUAUGAAUCUGUCAUUGAAUGAUUGUGAAUAUCAUGGAACGUAAUAAUUAUUUCGCCAUUCAAUUAGUUGGCAAGUGUGAAUGUUAGAAUAUUUUACUUGUGCUCUAAUCAAAAGUAUAAUUUUAUGUCAUUUUCGCAUUAAAUUAUGGCUCGGGAACCAGUAAUACUCAAUGUAUAUGAUAUGUAUUGGAUCAAUAGCUAUACAUCACCUUUUGGAAUUGGAGUUUUUCAUUCUGGAGUUGAAGUGUAUGGUGCAGAAUUUGCAUAUGGAGGCCAUCCCUUCAACUUCUCUGGGAUUUUUGAAAUUCUACCGAGGGAUGCUGCAGACUUGGGCGAUCAUUUCAGAUUCAAAGAAGCUGUUUUAGUUGGUUACACUGAUUUUACGGAGCAAGAAGUGAGACACAUUGUAGAGGAGUUAGGCAAAGAAUUUAAAGGAGAGAGUUACCAUCUGAUGAGCAAAAACUGCAAUAAUUUUUCUGGAAGUUUCACACAGAUACUGUGUGGCUUUGACAUCCCAUCAUGGGUAAACCGCUUAGCAUAUUUCAGUUCUUGUAUUCCCUUUCUGCAACAAUGCCUUCCUAGGGAAUGGCUGACUCCAAUUGCAUUACAGGCAUCGAUUCGAGACAGCAUGGACUCUUCCAAUAGCUCUAUUCAUCGCCAAUCAAACCUCUGAAGGAGUCUUUUUCAAGCAAGGUGCUUGCUGUGAUUAUGAUGUGUUCAUUCAGGGUCUUUCGCAUAUAAUUUAUUUUUUAUUUAUUAGGCAACAAAUUUUAGCUGCAUUUUGCAUGUCUUCAGUAUUUGCUGUUGUGAAAUUUUAAUAUAUCAGAA